GCUAAAGAUAGAAACAAUAACAUGGGGUGGUCAUUAUCAACUCUGACAGUUUUAGUUCCAAUUAUUUCUUUAACAGGACUGCUUUUUUCAGCAGCAGUGGAUAAAAACUUUCCUGAGGAAUGUACAAGCACUAGCAGCCUGUGCUUCUACAGUCUCCUCCUCCCUAUAACCAUACCGGUGUACGUGUUCUUUCAUUUGUGGAAAUGGAUGGGAAUCAAGCUCUUCAGACAUAACUAGAGUAUAUUCUGCAUCACAUGUUUUGCAAGAUUAACAUCAUUAAAUAAACUUUUUUUUUUGGCCAUUGCUGCACUUGUUGUCUGUAUUGCCGAUAGUUUAAGUAGCUAUUAUAAAUUUCAGUAAAUGAAUUAAUUUCCAAAGCAUUUUAUUUACAACAAAACUCGUAAAGUGUCAUUUUUUUUUAAAACAAAUAAAUCUACUGUAAUCCUUUUGCAUUAUGUUUUCACCCAUUUCUUACUUGCUUUGGAUUUCUUAAUAUUAACGUUUUGUAUUUGUAAUAAUGUAUUAAAGAUGUGUAUAGUGUGAAUUUAUUGGCCAAUUUCAAAGAAUUUUUUUAUUUAUGUCCUUGUGUCUAAAAACUAGUUAAUUGAUUAGUAUUAUACUUGAUAACUGUAAAUGAAAAUAGCAAAAGUCUUGAGUUACUUAGUAAUUCAGAGUUCUUUGGUUUUACGUUUUUUCCCCUUUUCUGUAUUGCAGAUGGUAACAUUAUAAUUCAUGGCAUACAGGGCAAAGUAAUAAAUACAAAUAAUAUAAUUUAGGGACAAUAUAACCGUAACAGUACUCCUGCCUUAAAGCUCCAAGACCUGGGAUUUUAAUCCUUACCUGGAAACUGCCUUUGUAGAGUUUGUACACUGUCCUCUGCAUGCUGGCUAUCCAGAAGCAUUUUAAAGACAUUUAAUUUGAUGAAUGGGUAAUGAUAAACGGGCUGCAGUGAAUGGUGCCUGUCAGUGGACUGGCCACUGGCUCCGGAAUGGUUCCUACCUGAUAGCCCCUUGACACUAUAAUUGUAUGAAGUGGAUUUGAUGAUGGGUGGCUAACAAGCAGGUAUCAGUACAUUUCAUUCACAAGUGAUGAUUAAUCAUUCCUAAAGCACUGCCUGCUACAUACAACAAACAUCAAUGUUUGUUUCUUAUAAAGAAUUGUUACAUUUAAGUAAAAUUCAAACCAAUAAUAAAAAUAAUUUAAAGAAUACCUUAAAACA